GUCUGAGCGGCGCAAUAUUGUAGCAGGCAUGAGAUCAGCACUCGCUACUGUGAAGCCAUGGGCGUUCAAACUGGACAAUGACUUGGACUGACAAGAAUAUGAUGUCAAAUGGACUAGACUGAAAUGCGCCACCGGCUAAGCAGAGUGUCGAAGAAAUGUCCAAUCGAAUCUUUCCCGGCGUUUUGGAUAUAGACGGAAUCCCUGCUCUGGGAUAACGGUGCCGGGUAUUAGUGAUUUGUAAUAAGGUAGUUUGUUGUGGCCUACCCUGUUGGAAGACUGCUAUUUUUUCCCCCGUUAUGUUGUAGGCAUUGUGUGUAUUCAUUAUUUCCAAGGUGCUGAAUUUUUCAUCAAUGUUGCAGGCCUAGUAUAGUGUGUUUAAUGUUGGCUGCCAAUUCACGCCUUUCCUAGUUUUGAUAAUUUUUGUGUAGUUUCAUGUUUUUCAGUGAUAUACUUGACUUAAUUUGCAUCUUAUAGAUCAUUGUGAUUUUUAUAAAGUGCCAAUAACCAUGUUGAUCAGAUAGUGAUUAUGACUUGAGGUAGCAAAAAUUCCCUUUAAUCUCUGAUUUUGGAAGCAUUUGUUAAUGUUUUUGAAGUUGAACUCAUCUGACAAUUUAAGUGGACAAUUGUAACAACAUAUGGAACAUAUUUUCAAGACAGUGUGCCAUUUUGUUCAUGAGAGGCACAGUAUUUGAAUUGGCAGGCUAAUAGGCUACAGCCUGCAGUUUUGCAAAGUCCUACAUAUCCAGCGGGCCAUGAAUUGCUCAUGUUUCUCACCUGCUGUGGGAGUGUUACUUGCUGAGAAACUGCAAUCAGAUUGACAGUUAAAGGGCGAGGCUGUAAGCCAUUUGUGCCAGCCAGGUUCCAGGACUGGGGUCCGUUGUGUGGCGGGAUGCUGAGGACCACAGUGGGGUGUGUGGGGGUGGAGGAGAGAGAUGAGGAGCAGGAGGAUGAAGGUGAAGAGGACUUGCGGGAUGGAGGUGUGCCCUUCUUUGUGAACAGGGGAGGCCUACCGGUGGAUGAGGAGACUUGGGAGCAGAUGUGGAGGCAUGUGGCCCGGAUUCACCCUAAUGGUGAGGCCAUAGGGAAACGCAUCCGGGGAGCCAGUGAUCUGCCCAAGAUUCCAACACUGAGUGUGCCUACAUACCAGCCGACCACCAGUAUCCCACAGCGCUUAGAAGCCAUACAGAAAUAUAUCAGGGAUUUGCAGUACAAUCACACAGGAACACAGUUUUUUGAAAUCAAGAAGAGCAGGCCUCUUACUGCGUUGAUGGACAUCGCCAAGGAGAUGAUCCGGGAGUCACUACCAAUCAAGUGUCUGGAGGCAGUGAUCCUUGGAAUUUACCUCAGCAACAGCAUGCCGGGUGUGGAGCGCUUCCCCCUCAGCUUUAAAACGCAGUUCUCAGGGAACCACUUUUGCCACAUCGUGCUGGGGAUGCACAGCGGUGGCCGCUUCGGAGCACUGGGCAUCAGCCGGCGGGAGGACCUCAUGUUCAAACCCCUGGAGUUCCGCACGCUGGCUGACCUGGUGCAGGAGUUUGAGGGGGCCUACAGGGGCUACUGGCACACCUUGAGGAAGGUGAAGAUUGGUCAGUAUGUGUCCCAUGACCCCCACAGUGUGGAACAGAUAGACUGGAAACACUCCAUAAUAGACGUGGACAAACUGACCAAGGAGGAGCUGCGGAGAGAGCUGGAGAGACACACCCGGGACAUGAGGCUGAAGAUUGGAAAGGCUGCGCCCCCUUCACCCACCAAAGACAGGAAGAGUAGCAUGGGCUCGCCCCUCCGUAACCCAGGCAGCCCCAUGCGCAGGAACAGCCGCAUCGAGAGACGUCCAUCUGGAGAGAAGAAAGUUCUUGAUCCGAAGCCGCCACCAGACAUGAAUGGAUAUCAGAUUCGAGUGUGAGGAGGAUUUCACUUCAUAAAAUCAUCCUGCAAAAACAAGAUCUUAGAAUGGUGGGGUUCUGUCUGACAAAAGGUUUGUUCUGGGGAAUGGGGCUUUUGUGUUCAGUUUUCCAAAUAGGUUUGUACCGUGUAAGCAAUUUAUUUUGGGUAUUUUGCAUUCAACAAACGUGAGGUAUACUGUACAGAGCAUGGCCAUGUCAAUAACUGAUUAUUGACUAAAUGUACAGUACUAGUCAAAAGUUUGGACACCUACUCAUUCUAGGGGUUUUCUUUAUUUUUAUUAUUUUCUACAUUGUAG